GGAGAAUGUUCCAGAGAACGAGCCCGCCAAAAAGGACUUCAAAAUUGGAUACUGUGAACAUAGGAAAAUCUUAUUCGAUUUCGGACAUUGUCGACAGUGGAUUACACGUUAUCUUCAAACUCGCAAGCUUAAUUUAAUGGAGAGACCAGGAGAGACUACUGAAAACUGUCAACCCUAAAAUGCUCGGCGAUAAUUGAAGAGCGAUGACAUUAUCAACUAUGGAUAAAAAUUCAAAUAAUUGAGUGUCGAUAAAGCAGGACACUGUAAUUAACUUUGUAAGUUUAUUUUUAGAUUCGAUAUGUUUAAUUUUCUAACGAGAAUGCUCACACGAGAUCUUACGAAAUGCUCAUUCUCGAUGCUUGAAUUAAUGAAAGGAAAAAUAAUAUCUGUUUACACAUUUUCGGGUGAUUAAAUGUCAAAUUGCAUUUUUUUUAUAAAUCUUAUUGUCGCUCUUAUUUUGGGACUCUUAAAAUCGAUAUAUAUUUAAUUUUUUAAUUUUUACGAAACAUGUUUUGCAGUUCGACGUCUUUGAAACUAUUUAGAAAAAAAUAAUGUUCUUUGUUUACAUAUUUUUUGGGAGCGUCGAUAAAACAGUGCGCCACUCCGUUUGGAGUCUGGACUGUCUGGAGCCGACAGGAUGGGAGACGCCAGUGACGCCACCGCCGGAGCCGAAGCGGCGCCUCACAAACACUCACAAAUGGCCGGUGACGCGAGGAGGGCGGACGUGAUACCGCCGUUCGGGAGCUGUUCUAUCAUCCACGCGGCGACGAGAUGAUACGCGGUUGCGAAAGCGAUCUGCCCUCGAUCGAGAAUACGUGAAGAGCCCGUAGCUAGAAAUUAAUCCACCAUGAUCACGCGGAACUCCUGGCUCACCAUUGUUUGCCUCCUCUGCUACGGCGUCUUUUCCUGCAAUGGCUCACCUCUUCUUCUUUUCGCCACUCACAAGGACAUCAGAGUGGCCAACAUGUCCCGUGGCAACAAGGUCAAUAUCAUCAUCAAGGACCUGUCGGAAGGUGCAUCCCUGGACUUUUUUUAUGAACGUGGACUGGUUUGCUGGUCCGACAGUGGUCUCGAGAUGAUACAGUGCAUACGCUACAAUGGUACACACACAGGCGAGAGAAUAACGGUGGUAAACUCUAGUCUGAUAUCGCCCGACGGUCUCGCAUGCGACUGGUUUACGGAUAAGCUGUACUGGACGGACGGCGAGAAGAAUCGGAUCGAGGUGACCAGCGUCGACGGCCGUAACAGGAAGGUGCUCUUCUGGACGGAAAUCUAUCAGCCGCGCGCAAUCGCUCUGGCGCCGAUGGAAGGGCUCCUCUUCUGGACCGACUGGGGCGACAUACCUAAGAUUGAACGCGCCUCGAUGGAUGGUAAUCCAAGCACCCGCGAGAUCAUCGUCUCUGACGACAUAUUCUGGCCGAACGGCCUGACGAUUGACUAUGAGAAUAAGCUCGUCUACUGGGCGGAUGGUAGACUAUGGUUCAUCGCCGUCAUGGAUUACAGCGGCAAUAACAGACGCAAAUUGAUUACUCGCGAUCUGGACUAUCCGUUUGCCAUAACGUUUUUCGACAAUCGACUCUAUUGGACUGAUUGGAAGACCUGGUGCAUCCACUCGUACGACAUGAACCAGCCGCAAUCGCAUCCCCGUGAAUUGUUUCAUGGCGAAUACAUACCUGGUAGUGAUAUUGAAGUCUGGGAUGCAAAGAGGCAGCCAGGUGGCAAUAACCCUUGCAGGCACAACAACGGCAACUGUUCUCAUCUGUGUCUUUUGAGCUCAGAGAAACCUGGUUUCAGCUGCGCCUGUCCCACGGGCGUGAAGUUGAUUGACAAUUACACGUGCGCCAGCAGGCCCGAGCAGCUGCUGCUAAUCGUUCAACGAACCGAAAUCUGCCGGAUAUCCUUAGAUUCGCCCGAUUAUACGAACUUUGCAUUGCCGCUCACCGGUAUUAAGCAUGCAAUCGCGAUUGACUUCGAUCCGGUGGACGAAUUACUGUACUGGAGUGACGAACAAACAACCGCCAUCAGGCGAGCUCCUCUAGACGGAUCCAGUCAGCAGAAUGUCAUUUCUACGGAGAUUGCGAAUCCAGAUGGCAUUGCGAUAGACUGGAUCGCUCGCAAUCUCUAUUGGACCGAUACCGGGACCGAUCGAAUCGAAGUGGCGCGACUAGAUGGUAAAUAUCGGCGUGUGCUGGUGAACGAAGAUCUGUCUGAGCCGCGGGCAAUCGCGGUCGCGCCCGAGCACGGCUGGAUGUUCUGGACCGAUUGGAGCGAGAAACGGCCUAAAAUCGAACGCAGCAAUCUCGAUGGUAGCGAGCGUAUCCUACUUAUUACCAAAGAUAUCUUCUGGCCAAACGGUAUCGCCCUGGACUUUGAGCGUAAGAAGAUCUACUGGUGCGACGCAAAGACCGAUAAAAUCGAAGUAUCGAAUAUGGAUGGUACCGAUCGGCGUGAGGUGAUCACUGACAAUCUGCCGCAUCUGUUCGGUCUCACUCUACUGGGCGAUUACCUCUACUGGACCGACUGGCAGCGUCGCAGCAUCGAUCGGGCACACAAGCUCACUGGUAGCGAUCGUGAAAUCAUUGUUGAUCAGGUGCCAAACGUGAUGGGAAUCAAAGCUGUGCAUCUUGGCCGAGUGAAUGUCAGCAAUUCACCAUGCGCACGCGACAAUGGUGGAUGCAGCCAUCUGUGCUUCAACAGACCCAACAACAGGUAUGUCUGCGCCUGCCAGAUGGGCUACGAAUUGACCAAGGACAAGCGCACGUGCGUUGUACCGGAUGCCUUUUUGCUGUUUUCCAGAAGAGAGAAUCUUGGCCGAAUCAGUAUCGAAAACGUCAACAAUGAUAAUAUCAUACCUGUUACCGGUAUCAAAGACGCCAGCGCUAUAGACUUUGACUUGUCCGAGAACCGCAUUUAUUGGACGGAUAUUAAGCUAAAAACCAUCACACGUGUCUUCAUAAAUGGUUCAGAUAUCGAAAAGAUAGUCGAUCUCGGCUUAGAAUCACCAGAAGGUAUAGCAUUCGAUUGGAUUGCGCACAAUCUUUAUUGGAGCGACACGAUCACGCGUAGAAUAGAGAUGAUAAGAAUAGAAGGAGGUAGCAGGAAAAUACUUGUGUGGCAAAAUCUUAUUGACCCUCAAAACAUGGCUGUAGAUCCUCAGAAAGGACAUCUAUAUUGGGCCGAAUGGGGUAAUGCCGGUAGCAUUGAGAGGGCCUUGUUAGAUGGCACGCAGCGGCAAGUGAUCGUCUCGAACAUUGGUCGAGCGAAUGGUUUGACAAUAGACCAUGUGGGUCGCAAAUUGUACUGGGCAGACAUCUCUGCGCCUGCGAUUGUUUGUUACGAUUUACUGACGCAACGCAAGGAUUCCAUCAUUUCGCAUCACAUAGUCUAUCCGUUCAGCGUUACGCAGUAUCGAGACUACAUCUAUUGGGCCGAUUGGAACACAGGUGAUAUCGAGAGAGCGGACAAACUCACUGGGGCGAAUCGCACCAAGAUCCACACUAAUCUAGCGUCGGUGACGGAUCUAAAAGUGUUUCACGCUUCGCGUCAGGCCGGUUCGAAUCCAUGUGCGAUUGCAAAUGGCAAUUGCAGCCAUCUUUGUAUCGCUCUGCCGGGUCUAAACAACGGUACAUCCAUCACUCACAGAUGUGCGUGUCCCACACAUUACAAUCUAGCGCGAGACAAUCGAACUUGUAUGGCACCACGACAUUUCAUGAUCUACAGUCUGAAGACUACGAUCGCACGUUAUUUACCCGAUCAGACGACUGACUGCGCGGACGUGACAUUACGUAUACAAGGUUUGAAAAACGUCCGCGCGAUCGAGUUCGAUCCAGUAACGCAACAUGUUUACUGGAUCGAUGGUCGUGUGACGAUUCGUCGUGCCUUAGAGAACCGGACUCAACAACAGCACAGCAGCUCAGUUGUGGUAUCCAUUGGAAAUGGUCAUUUAUUUGACCUUGCGCUGGACCCACUCGGGAGGCUGCUUUUUUGGACGUGCUCGACGAACGAUGCUCUCAAUGUCACACGUCUGGAUAACGGUUCGGCUCUCGGCGUCGUAGUGAAAGGUGAUGGCGAGAAACCGCGUCAUCUAGCGAUUUACUCGGAACAGCGAUUGCUCUUUUGGACGGAUGUUGGCAAGAAGCGGGUGAUACGCAGCAAGAUGGACGGCAAGGAGCGCCACGUGAUUGCUAAUGAUUUAUCGGAACAGCCCACCGGCUUGACAGUAGAUACUACAAUGUACAUCGUCUACUGGGCGUCUGGCAAGCAUAUUGAAUGCUCCAAUUUUGAAGGCGGCAAUCGCAAGCUCCUGGCCUCCACCACGCAGGGCUCCGCAUUGCAUUUGGCUAUCCUGUUUGAUUAUCUCUACUGGUACGAUCGUGAUGCACAGGUAAUUGAACGAGUUAACAAGACAUUUGACGGGAGUACUAGGCGAGGCAUGCAUGUGACGAGUCGUAUGUCCUUCACGGAUCUUAUCGCGAUCAACAUGCCUGAAGAUUCGCUCAUGGAGACACACGUGUGCAGCCCGUUCAAUGACUAUGGUGGUUGCUCGCACUUUUGCGUUGGCACCAGUACUAUUGCCGACGAGGCCACUGCGACGUUACCUCGUUGCUCAUGCCCAAAGUCGUUGGUCUUGUCUGACGACGGCCGUACUUGUCGUGCAGCGCCUGUCUGUGGAAACGAUCAUUUCACGUGCGCCGCGCCGAACGCGGCCGUGAGCAAGGAUUGUAUCCCAGCUAUAUGGAAAUGUGACGGCCAAACCGAUUGUUCAGAUGGUAGCGACGAGCUGGGAUGUCCCGUGUGCUCUCGCGAUCAAUUCAGAUGUCAGAAUCAUUGUAUCGAAUUGUCUUGGGUAUGCGAUGGAACUCAGCAAUGCCCGGAUGGUUCGGAUGAGGCACAAUGCUGUCAACCCGGACAAUUUCAGUGUGUCGGAAAUGGUGUCUGCAUUUCACUGAAUUUGCGGUGCGACGGCUGGGAUGACUGUGCCGACGGCAGCGACGAGCUACCAACAAUUUGUCUCAGUGCGCACAAUCCGCACCGCCAGAAUGCCGGACCCGAUAUCAACGAGUCCAGCAAAGUGACUUACAUCAUCACUAUUUUGGCAGUGGUAUUCGUGGUUAUAGCAGGUCUUCUAAGCUACUACUACUGUCGCAAAAGAUUUACCGGAAACGAGGGUCUGCCUGACAUAUUACACGAUUCGGCGGGAGAUCCGCUGUCGCCAAAACCUAGCAAUAAUAGAAUGGUCAAGCCGAUGUUUGUUUCGCAGAAGAAUAGGAAAGAUGCAGGAUCAAGCGGAGGUCUCAAGGUCGGAAUGGAAGCUGUAAGAAUGUCCAUGUUAAAUGGAAGCAGUCUCGGUUCUAGUUAUGAUCGCAGUCACAUUACAGGUGCGUCAAGUUCUACCAGAGGAAGCUCCGCUGGUGGAUAUCCUCAGGAGACUCUAAAUCCGCCUCCAAGUCCAGCUACGAUCGUCAGCUCGACGCGUUGCUCGAGUAGCAAUGCGUCGCGUUAUAAGCCAUAUCGGCACUAUCGGAGUAUCAAUCAACCGCCACCACCGACUCCGUGUAGCACCGACGUCUGCGACGAGUCGGAUAGCAAUUAUCCGGCGCGCUAUCGUUACGAGAGCGAACCAUUUCCGCCACCGCCCACCCCACGUUCCGUCUAUCACAGUGACGCGGCGAUCAGCUGUCCACCGUCCCCAAGCUCCAGAUCGUCCACUUAUUUCAGUCCCCUACCGCCACCACCGUCGCCGGUGCCUUGAGAAGAGUCCUGAAGGUAAAGACGAAUAAAAUUUUGGUGCUUUUACUUUUGUAUUUAUCUUAUUUCAGUAUUUCUCUCAACGCCACUGUUGUUGCCGAUAUUUAAAUUUUAUGGUCAAUUAACUCGACCAUUGCGCAUAGAAGUUUUAAUGAAAGCGCUCAGACAGAUAAUAACUGAGAAUUUAAUGGUAGUUCUUACGGAACAAUAUAAGAGAAAUAUGACAAAAAUAUAUUAGCUUUUAAAGCAAUAUAUUUCUGCCAUAUAGCGAAUUCAAGUGGAUGCGCUAGCGCACACUGAUACAUAUUGAAGACUGUUGUACAUUAAUUUAUAUAAAAAUGUAUGAAAAACAAGCAACUGAAUUUAAAUGCUCGACACGGAUUAUCACAUCGUUUAAUAGAAUGCAUUGCAGUAUUUUAUUUAUAAAGCGCUUGUUUAUAUAUUCUUUACAUCUAUAUAUAAAUUUUUUUUACACUCAGAAUAGCAUAUACAUACACUCUAUACAUAAUACAAACACACACACACACAACUUGCUUUAAUCUGCAGUGUAUUAAUUGAAUUCGCUCUUUAAUUACUCGUUAUCAUAAUAACGAAUGGUUUCGUCAGAAAUGCUAAUUCUUAUAAGAUCAGUGUGUAUAAUUCGUAUGAAGGAUUAAGGUGAAUUGUACAAAUAGAAUGGGGCGGAGCUAAAUCUUAUCUAAGAUAUUUCUCGUGUCACCUCUUGUUUCACGAGUUUUUUAAUCUUGGAUGAAAUUUGAUAAUAAUUUAUGAGAUUAUACCAUACUUUAGACUGAAUUUACGAAUUCUUCCAAAACUGUCAUUAAUUUAUUAAGGUCAUUUUUAGAAAACUUCUAUUACGGAAAGAAAAUAAUUUUAUAGAUACAAUCUUCCUUUUCAAUCUUCUGACUUCGUAACGUAAUAGAAUUUUCAGAGAAAUAAUUUUACAUUUUGAUAUAAUAAUAAUAAUAAUAAUAUUAAGCUAAGACUGUUAGAACAGUCGUAGUUUAAUUUAAAUUUAUAUUAUAAUUAGUAUUAUUUUGCAUAUAAUUAUGUAUGAUAAAAUCAUAUAUAAUUAUAUUAUACAAUUAUAUAAUAUAAUUACAUUAUGUAUUAUAUUAUUGCAAUGGCCUUAAUGAGUUAAAUUUAAAACAACGAGUGGCAAGAUUUUUAGAGUGAUAGAGAAACAUUAUUAUUAUUCGCAUAAGAUUUACUUAUAUGUAUAUUAAUAAUCCAUUGGACUCUGCAUACUGGAACGUGCUGCCCUGUAUCAUUUUCACAUAGACAAAGCGAGAAAAAAGUAUGUUAUUGCUCUGUCUUUUGCAUAGGUGCAGUGAAAGAUUUUAAUCCGCGUUUAGCAAAUAAUUAUAUUCAUUAAUUCAUUAUAUUUAUUAUUUACAUUAAUUAAUUAUAUUCGUUAAUUAUGUUCUGUAUAACAAUUAUGAUAUUGAACAUAUUUGUAUUCAUAGGAUGUAAACUAAAUUUUUUUAUUAGAUUAUAUAGGGGGGAAAGAAUUCUCGGCAUAUUUCGUAACAGAGUUCAAUUUGUAAUAACUAUACCAUUUGUGCCUGCUAUACAUUUUUAUAGUUCGUAAUGUACAGAGAAAAAAAAAUCAUAUUGCAGCAAAUAUUGUAAUGUAAAUAUGUAGUUUAAGCGUAGUUUCUAUGAAAUUACGUUUGCAAUACAUUAUACGUGUAACAAAGAAACCAAUGUACAUGUCUAUAACUUAAAGAGUUAAGGCGGAAUAUUCUAUCUCGGUGGACGCCUCUUUUUUAUUUUCUGCAAGUACUUUAUAGACGUGCAUUUAUUUGUAUUAAUUGUGAUAUCGAAGAAUAUCAUAUUAUUAUUAUUAUUAUUAUUAUUAUUAAUUAUUAUUAUUAUUAUCAUGAUCGUUAACAGCAAUGUGUAUAUGUUAUUCAUAAUUUAAUUCGAUGUGGCAGUUAACCAAAGGCUGCGCGUCUCAUAUAUUUUAUUAAAUUUGACAUUUUCCGUUUUUUUUUUGCUCUAAAAAGGUGACGGUUUCACAUAUAUCGUAUUUGUAAAUUCCCUAACGAGUUUGUGGGCGCAAAAAGGAAAAAGAGCGCCUUCCUGCCAUAAAGUAUUUUUACUACGUUUCCUGUUAAUAUUUUAUUCAUUCGUUCGACCGUUAUCGUUAUCUUACGAAGAUAUUUACGAGACUUCAAUGACAAAUCAUAUUCGUCUCUCUUCAUACACGUACACCUACACUCUCACACAGACUAGAUAUAAUGACACAAAGAUUAUGCGAAAUCUUUGUAGCACUAAUCAAUUCAUAUGAACGUGUAACGUUUACAUUGUAAUUGCGCGCCAUACGCGUCAUGUAUAUACCAUGUUGAUACAGAAACGGCGUAUCUUUAACGCACAUAUUCGUUCCUGUAAAAGCGAAGAUAUACAGCGAGCGAAUGAGCGACGAACGCGAAAUCAGAUAUGCAGAACUUUUUUUCGCAUCCUCUGAGCAAAAAGCAAGAAACAAAAAGCAAAGAACAUAUCGUAGAAUAGUUUUUACCGCUCUCCUACUGUAAGUUCUUUCUCCGAGGAAAACACCAGGAGAAUUAUGUUAGUGAAGAAACAUAGGUGCGAGAAAGUUCCGCUGUUGGUUGUAUAGAAGUCGAGAUUUUUUCAGCCUUCCGUUUUGAUUAGAAAAUCUCUUUUCUCUCUUUUCCUGUUGUCCCCCCAGAUAAAGACGAAUAAUCUUUAUACCUGCCUAUUAUUCAUGGAAAUAAAAAUGUCAAGAUAUCUUUCGAACUUCAACUCGACUUCCGAAUCUCGCAUUCGCCGUUCGUUCGUCCAGCGCUUUAAGCGCAAUCGCUGAAUUUCGGGAAACUGUGCCAUAAAUUGUACGAAUUGUAGUUCUGUAUGAUACGCGUAAUCGUAUCAACCUGUACAAAAUACGCAAACGGAUCGCAAGGACUUCUACGUCGCAUUGCGAUUUCGAAACGGCCUUUUUGAGAGAAAAGAAAAAAAAGAAGAACGUACUAAUAAACUAUUAUUUUUCAUUUCACACGCGCGAAAGACUGAAAGAAAAGUAUAUAUUACUGCCUAUAUUAUUUUUACAUUUCGCAAUUGACGCGCGCGUGCGUCCUCUUGCGUAGUCUAUUAUGUAGCAUAUUUAUACAGUGAAUAAACCUGUUUGUUAACGUAAA